AUGAUAAAACUAUAGAUGAUAAAACUAUAGAUGAUAAAACUAUAGAUGAUAAAACUACAGACGAUAAAACUAUAGAUGAUAAAACUAUAGAUGAUAAAACUACAGAUGACAAAAGUAUAGAUCAUAAAACUAAAGAUGAUAAAACUACAGAUGAUAAAACUAUAGAUGAUAAUACUAUAGAUGAUAAAACUACAGAUGAUAAAACUACAGACGAUAAAAGUAUAGAUCAUAAAACUAAAGAUGAUAAAAGUAUAGAUGAUAAAACUACAGAUGAUAAAACUACAGCCGAUAAAAGUAUAGAUCAUAAAACUAAAGAUGAUAAAAGUAUAGAUCAUAAAACUACAGAUGAUAAAACUAUAGAUGAUAAAACUACAGAUGAUAAAACUACAGAUGAUAAAAGUAUAGAUCAUAAAACUAAAGAUGAUAAAAGUAUAGAUUAG